GCUCUUACCCCUUCCUCACCUCCUGGGACUCCUGCUUCCCGUCCUGUCAACACCCUGGCCAGCUGCAGCACUGGUUGGGCCUGCUAAGGCAUGCCACCCUAUGCAGCCAUGCAGAAAAGGGUGCCCUCCCUUAAUCUCUGUCUCCAGAGACCCGGCGGUUCCGGGUCCGAGCCUGCGUUUAGAGGAGCCGUGGGGCUCAGGAAAGGCUUCCGAAGAGAGAAGACUCUUGAACAGUAUUUUAAAAGAUUGGGAUUCUGAUAGUGAAGAAAGGUCAUUCUGAGCUGAAUAAUGGGAGCAGGCGAGAAGGUGGUGCUAAGUCCCCCAGCUGCUGACCUUUUCUCCCAGGAUGAGGUGGGGGCACCAUUUGUCCAGGGCUUCUUGGGGCUGUGGUCUGGGAAGAACACCCCGACCACCAGAUGGUCAUAUACCCUUCCUGAUCCACUGGAGCUGGCUCCCUAAAGAGGAUCGCCCCCUUGGGCCCCUUAGGGCCUUUGUACGCCACCAUGGAAGCUCGGCAGACACAGCUCCCCUGUCCGGGAGACAUGGACCGCUGUUCCGGAGCGCCUCUGCAGCUGAAGCGAUCCAUCAGCACCGCCAGAACCUGGCUGAGUGGUUCAGCCGGCUGCCCAGGGAGGAGCGUCAGUUUGGCCCAACCUUUGCCCUCGACACAGCCCAUGUUGACCCUGUGAUCCGCGAGAGCACCCCUGAUGAGCUGCUUCGCUCAUCUUCGGCACUGGCCUUGGACCAUCAGUCGCCCCCGGCGGGGCUCCCCCCUCUGGCCCUGUCUCAGCUCUUCAACCCAGAUGCCUGUGGGCGCCAGGUGCAGACAGUGGUGCUCUAUGGGACGGUGGGCAUGGGCAAGAGCACGUUAGUGCGCAAGAUGGUCCUGGACUGGUGCUAUGGACAGCUGCCGGCCUUUGAGCUGCUCAUCCCUUUCUCCUGUGAGGACCUGUCAUCCCUGGGCCCUGCCCCUGCUUCCUUGUGCCAACUUGUGGCCCAGCGCUACACACCCCUGAAGGAGGUUCUGCCCCUGAUGUCUGCGGCCGGGUCCCGCCUGCUGUUUGUGCUCCAUGGCUUGGAGCGUCUCAACCUGGACUUCCGGCUGGCAGGCACAGGGCUUUGUAGUGACCCCAAGGAGCCGGGUGUACCAGCUGCCAUCAUCGUCAACCUGUUGCGCAAAUACAUGCUGCCCGAGGCCCGCAUUCUGGUGACUACUCGGCCUUCUGCCAUCGGCCGCAUCCCCAGCAAAUAUGUGGGCCGCUAUGGUGAGAUCUGUGGCUUCUCUGAUACCAACCUGCAGAAGCUCUACUUCCAGCUCCGCCUCAACCAGCCUGACUGUGGGCACAGUGCAGGUAUCUUGGCCACGCCAGCUCAGCGGGAUCACCUGGUGCAGAUGCUGUCCCGGAACCUGGAGGGCCACCACCAGAUCGCCACUGCCUGCUUCCUGCCCUCCUACUGCUGGCUUGUCUGUGCCACCUUGCACUUCCUGCAUGCCCCAAUGCCUGCUGGCCAGACCCUCACAAGCAUCUACACCAGCUUCCUGCGGCUCAACUUCAGCGGGGAAACGCUGGACAGUGCUGACCCCUCUAAUUUAUCCCUGAUGGCCUAUGCAGCCCGAACCAUGGGCAAGUUGGCCUACGAGGGUGUGUCCUCCCGCAAGACCUACUUCUCUGAAGAGGAUGUCCAGGGCUGCUUGGAGGCUGGCAUCAAGACGGAAGAGGAGUUCCAGCUGCUGUAUGUCUUCCGCCGGGAUGCCCUGAGGUUUUUCUUGGCGCCGUGUGUAGAGCCAGGGCACCUGGGCACCUUCGUGUUCACUGUGCCUGCCAUGCAGGAGUACCUGGCUGCCCUCUACAUCGUGCUGGGUUUGCGCAAGACGACCCUGCAGCGGGUGGGCAAGGAGGUGACUGAGCUGGUGGGCCGUGUUGGGGAGGAUGUCAGCCUGGUACUGGGCAUCGUGGCCAAGUUGCUCCCUCUGCGGAUUCUGCCUCUGCUCUUCAACUUGCUCAAGGUGGUUCCUCGAGUGUUUGGGCGCAUGGUGGGGAAGAGCCGGGAGGCCGUGGCCCAGGCCAUGGUGCUGGAAAUGUUCCGAGAGGAGGACUACUACAAUGAUGAUGUCCUGGACCAGAUGGGUGCCAGCAUCCUGGGCGUAGAGGGUCCCCGGCGCCACCCUGAUGAGCCCCCAGAGGAUGAAGUCUUUGAACUCUUCCCUGUGUUCAUGGGGGGGCUUCUGUCUGCCCACAACCGGGCAGUGCUGGCUCAGCUCGGCUGUUCCAUCAAGAACCUGGAUGUCCUGGAGAAUGCCCAGGCCAUCAAGAAGAAGCUGGGCAAGCUGGGCCGGCAGGCGCUGCCUCCCUCGGAGCUCCUUGACUACCUCUUCUUCCACUAUGAGUUCCAAAACCAGCGCUUCUCUGCGGAGGUGCUGAGCUCCCUGCGCCGGCUCAACUUGGCAGGUGUGCGCAUGACACCCCUUAAGUGUACGGUGGUGGCAGCUGUCCUGGGCAGUGGAAAGCAUGCCCUGGACGAAGUGAACUUGGCCUCCUGCCAGCUGGACCCUGCUGGGCUGCGUACGCUCAUGCCUGUCUUCCUGCGUGCCCGGAAGCUGGGCUUGCAACUCAACAGCCUGGGCCCCGAGGCCUGCAGGGACCUCCGAGACCUGCUGCUGCAUGACCAGUGCCAAAUUACCACCCUGCGGCUAUCUAACAACCCGCUGACAGCAGCAGGUGUCGCCCUGCUGUUGGAGGGGCUGACAGGAAACACCUCGCUGACACACCUAUCCCUGCUGCAUACUGGCCUUGGGGACGAGGGCCUGGAGUUGCUGGCUGCCCAGCUGGACCACAACCAUCAGCUGCAGGAGUUGAACGUGGCCUACAAUGGCGCUGGUGACAAGGCAGCCCUGGCCCUGGCCAAGGCGGCCCGGGAGCACCCUUCCCUGGAACUGCUGCACCUUUACUUCAAUGAGCUGAGCUCAGAGGGCCGCCAGGUCCUUCGAGACUUGGGGGGCACUGCUGAAGGUGGUGCCCGGGUCGUGGCAUCACUGACAGAGGGGGCAGCCGUGUCGGAGUACUGGUCGAUGAUCCUCAGCGAAGUACAGCGGAACCUUAACAGCUGGGAUUGGACCCGGGUCCGGCGCCACCUCGAGCUACUGCUUCGGGAUCUGGAAGAUAACCGAGGCGCCACCCUUAAUCCUUGGCGCAAGGCCCAGCUGCUGCGAGUGGAGGGUGAAGUCAAGGCCCUCCUGGAGCAGCUCGGAAGCCCUGGCAGCUGAACAGUGGCAACUGAGACCUAACUGUGGGACCACUGGCUGGAAUUCCUCCUCUCUGGCCCAGACUACUUCCUGCCUGGCUUGUCCUACUUCUUCUAGAAAGCCCCCCUCAGCUGGGCACAGUGGCACAUGCCUGUAAUGGCCCAGCCAAUCAAGAGGCUGCGGCAGGA